AUGUUCAAAGUCGGCGGUUGGCUCAAGGGCCAUACGCCUGGGCAUUCGAAGAGCUUAGAUUCCUUGAGCGAAAUGGCACAGAUUGAGGAUGCCAUGAGCGCCGUCACCUAUAUCAUGGCCGAUGAUAUCGAAAGCGCCGAAGCACACCUUAGCAAAGGAUCCAGUCCAUUCCACCAGCUCGGAGCGGGAGUGUGUGUCUUCAUACGGGCGACGUUGGGGUUCGAGCCGGAAAUCGUACGCGAAGCUGCCAAUGCCCUAUCAGUGGCCGAGAACUCCGCGUACGAGCACCAACGCCGUGUUAGCAAAGAUCCGAACGCGUAUAAAUCGCCUAUAUACCCUCCGGGCACCGAGUACGCGGUAUGUCAGGCAGAGGCACAGCUGAUGAGUGCCGUUGUUGGUGUGCUCAACGAGAGCUUGACGGAGGCUAUCAAGAGUUUCUACAAAUUGAGGAAAGCAUACCUUGCGCUGGAGGGUGUGAUGGAAAACGAGAAAAAGUUUCUAGCGGAGAGGAGCACGAGUAGCGUCAACUCGGUGGGAUCGCGCCCCUCUUCCAAGGGCUCGGUUCGAUCAAUUGGGGCAAGCAAUGCUCUGAAGAGCUCUCAGGGUCCUACGUCUACUGGGCCGUCCGCUGCAGCAUCGACUUCCAGUCUGAAGCAGACUACUACAGUGACUGCACCAGCUGCGAAGGCCACAGAUGACGAUGAUGACGACGUCGACUUCGUGGACGCCCCAGAAGAUAAAACUGGUGGUGAAACGCCUGUGGAAUACAUGGGGCAUCUGAACGUCGCCGCUGACAAGGGUGCUACUGUCGAGCUAGACAAUGCUCAAAAGAAGGUGGAUGUCGCGGCAAGUUCGGCACCAGGGCUUCCUACCACGAACGAAAACCCAUCCAACUCGCUACCAGACGCUAUCGAAUACUUCGAGAAGCUUACCUUGAACGAUGAGGGAGAUGCUGAUGCAGAUAUCGCGUCGUUCAGCAACCACCCAGUCGAUGUGUUCAUCCUCUCCGGAUCCAACUUUUGUUUCGGCAUGUUAUUGCUCAUUCUCUCGUUCAUCCCGCCGUCUUUUGCUGGAUUACUGAAGAUCGUCGGCUUCAAGGGCGAUAGGGAGCGAGGAAUGCGAAUGCUGUGGCAAGCGACUAAAUUCCACAACAUUCACGGUGCCAUGGCUGGAGUUGUGCUUAUGGGAUACAUCAAUGGCUUCACCAACUUCUGCGACAUACUUCCUACAAAGGGCGAGGGAGCAUACCCGAAGGAACGGUGUCUGGCUUUGCUCCGCUACAUGCGCGCAAGAUACCCCAAGAGUCAUCUCUGGCUACUUGAGGAGUCCAGGAUGCUCGCCUCUGAGAAGAAGUUGGAAGAGGCUGUUCAAUUCAUGCACGAGGUGGGCGAGUCGAAGCUAAAACAGCUUGAGGCGCUCACGUGGUUUGAACGCAGCUUGAACAACAUGUACAUGCACGACUACGAAGCUACCGCUUUCGCUUUCGAGAAGUGCAUUGGCCUCAACAACUGGUCCCACGCGCUGUACUACCACAUCAUCGCCGCCUCAUACGUCGAACUCUACCGAAAGCACAAGACCACCGACCCGACCAAAGCGAAGGAAUACGGUGUGAAAGCAGAGGAAUACAUGAAGAAAGUCAUGCCCAACGUCGGAAAGAAGAAGUUCAUGGCACGCCAACUCCCCUUCGACAUCUUUGUCGCACGCAAGAUCCAAAAAUGGGAAGCACGCGCCAAGGAAUGGAACUGCGACAUCGUCGACGCCGUCGGCGUCUCUCCACUCGAGGAAAUGAUCUACUUCUGGAACGGAUACAAGCGCAUGCGAGACGACCACCUCCAAGUCUCCCUCGCCAACCUCGCCUGGAGCGAAUCGCCAGCCAACCCACACUGGGAGAAGGAGGGUGUAGAUGAAAAAUCCAUUCUCCACGUCUUGCGCGCUGCUACCCUCCGUAACAUGGACCAAACCGCUGAAGCCAAGGCCAUCCUAGAGAAAGAAGUCUUGCCUGUUGACAAACUACUCAUCACGGGUAACUUCAAAGAUAACUGGACUGCGCCGUGUGCGCGCUACGAGAUGGCCGCGAAUAUCUGGCGCGAGGCUGAUGCGGAUGGGCAUCCGGAGAAGAAUCCGCAGAUGCUGGUGCAGUGUAAGGAUUGGUUGGAUGAGGUUACGAAGAUGGGUGGGUUUGAUUUGGAUGCUAGGAUUGGUAUGAAGAUUACGACGGGUAAGGAGACGCUAAGGAAGUUUGGGGUGCAGUGUUAA